AUGAGCAGAAAACGCGACGCUCCUUCGCGUUGGCCAGCGGAGGUCUACGACUAUGAGAGGAGAGUCAUCACCGACCCAGCUGUGGGUGGGCUCGAUCUCCGCAAAGGCUCCUGGAUCCACUGCAAAUGGUGCAACACGACGCUGGCGCUGAAGGUGGUGAACAGCUAUUCACUCGCCUCCUGGAACACUCAUCAAAAGGGGAAAAAGCACUGCGGCCAUGAGCAAGAGUUCCUGGGCGGGGGCUCGCAGCCUCAACUUCAUCACCUGCAGUUGAUGCGCGUCCGUCGAGAGCUUCAGCAGAGCAAGCAGUACCAGGCUCGACACGAACGCGACGUGGCCAAUGUGAUCAACGCGAUGACCAAUCUAAUCAGUGAUCAGCAGGGUGACUUGAAUUCGUUGCAGCACAGAGUGAGCGACAUGAUGCACGAAAUUGAAGCGCUGAAGAAGGAGUUGGAGCGAAUCCAGCAAAAGGAUCAGCAGCGACGAAGAAACAGCGUGACGGAUAUGGAUAUAUUCGAGAAGCGCUUCCGACUCGCGUAG